GUAAGAUGGCACCAGUUCAAGAAGCCCCAGCGCCGGUCACACUCACCCAGGUUCGGGCUUUUCUAGGGAUGGCAUCCUAUUACCGACGCUUCAUCAAGGGGUUCGCCGGUAUAGCGAAGCCCCUCACGAACCUGCUGAAGAAAGAGGAACAACUGAUCUGGACCCCGGAAUGCGAAGCGGCGUUUCAGGCAUUGAAGGAGGCUCUGACAUCUGCUCCUGUGUUGGUGCGUCCUGAUCCGACAAGACCGUUCGCACUUUACACCGACUGGCAGCCUCAGGCGAUAUCGGCGGUGCUGACUCAACACGGGGUGGACGGAAGGGAACACAUCAUUGAGUAUGCGUCCAAGACGUUGAGCCAGGCGCAGGCUAAUUACGAAGCGUGCAAAGGCGAAUGCCUGGCCGUGGUGUGGGGGAUCCAGCAUUUCCGACCGUAUCUUUACGGCCAGAAAUUCGUGCUGCUCACGGAGGGCCCUUAUCCCAUGCGCGAGUUCUCGGAGUAUUUGGUGGAGCUUCGUGCGCUGUACAAGUCGGUGGCGUUGGGGAUGUUCCGGUUCUUCGUGGAUCACGAAGACCACUGCAUCGGGGAGCACUUCGUCGUCUACUACGUCAUCACACGGCCCAAGCCAGUGGAGAAGGAAGGGACGGUGGCACUGUACCCAUUCGCCCAGCUCCAGACGAUCGAUCCGGGAUUGUUGGAGCUCAUACAUCUUGAGCUCCUCUCCAUUGCGCAAGUGAUCGCGAGUGAGGAGGAGGAGAUUCAACCACGAUUGCGGACGGCGACGGCCCCGCGGAGAACGUACAACGCGGUCGUCAUCCCAGAUUACAUUGCGCAGCGCGCAGAGAGGUUGGAGGACUUCCCGGAGGAAAAGCCGUUCCGGCCUCCCUCGUCGUAUCUUCGACCGGCGCCACCGAAGGCCCCCAAGAAGACCCCGAAGAGGAAGAGACACCACCCGUUGCCAAGAGCGCAAGGCAGCAGGAUCGGCGGUGGCGAGGAGGUGAUUCAGCCUGCGCAUACGCGGAAUCCUGACCCCGUGCCUGGGAGUGCGGCGACACUCGUUAAGGAGACUGUCGUGCCAUCGUCGCCCUUUCCGCGUGUGCCCGAUCUCAAUCUUGAUGGAUUCGGGCCAUCAGCAGCAGCAGCAGCUGGAGGAGGAAGCUGAAUGGGAUUUCCGGAUCCCAUAUCCAGA